AUGCCUUCCGACGCAGGCAAAGGCCAGAACUUCCAGACAAGCGACGCCAAGAAGGGCAACAGCAGUAAUUCGGGUGGCAAGACGGUUGGCGAUAAGACCAAGUUCGAGCCCAUGCUCAAUUGCUGCCAAUUCCUCGAGCUGCCUGCUGUUAUAUUACCAGAACGCUCCAAGUUUCUGCUAAUAUCCUGGGACCACGGUCAGCUUGGCGAUGAACUCGAGGAAGGUUACGGUGGGGAUGAAGAGUCUAUGGAGGACGUUCUGACAAACAUCACCCUCCUGGCCCGCCUACGCGCACACUGCCCAACCUUUACUGUCAACUUCGCCUCCCGUCAGGUACUCGAAGACGAUGUGCCCAACGUAGCGUGCUUCGAAUGUGGACAUAGCAUCCAUUGUGGAUGCGGCAUGGACUGCGAUCACGAGGACACUUGGGAUGAAGUGCUUUGGCAAAUGAGGUGGAGUUAUGGGUAUCUCGACGCACUGGAUGCCUUCCUCGCCAACACCAACGAAAAUUGGCUGAAGAUGCUUCGCAGUACCACCAACCUACAACCUCGUGUAGAGUUCACUUUUCACGUAUACACCCAGCGUCUCACUAUCUACAUUCGUUUUCUGAAAGGCCAAGCUCCCAAGGGGUUUAAAUUGAAGAGCAUGUACAACUCUGCUCUUGGCUUCCUCAAUCACUGGGGUAUGUUGGAUCUCAAGGCUAACGAUUCGAUCGACUAUGUCAUCGGCGAAGCAUCUGGCAAGUUCACGCGCCACGAUGGCGAAUGUCCUAGCUAUGUCAGCACCUACAACCAGAUCCACCUCGACAGUUCCACCAUCGCUGUCUGGAAGAAAGAGAAGGAGGCCAAGACAUCCGCGGCUUGA